UACAGCACUAAAGUAAGUAAAUAAUCUAAUGGGUGUAACUAAUUUUCUUUUACCUGUUUUUAGGGAAAACUCGGGUUGCUUUUCAAAAACAAUCAAGCCUGAAGAAAGAAAAUUUGCCUUGUCAGAAAAAGGACAACUGACAGAGCAGUUCUUUGCCAUUUAAACUGCUUAUCGUGUCCACAAGAAGAAUUACAAACAAUAAGAAGUGCUGGAUUCUCUGGUUAUACAAAUGAACACCACUAUUCAAUGUGCACACUAGGGGUUCCUUUGGAGUUGUGACAGCUCCAAAUUGCAACUCAAGUGAUUGAACAGAUAAGGGCCUGCGUUUUAACCCCACAGCUAUGUAAUGUUACACCAGGAAUCCCACCUACUUUAUUCUGGAGACUGCACUCCCUAGUAGGAGGAUUACAGACUGGACCAUUUUCCUUGCUUACUGCUGAAGAAUCCAGCUUGGAAGUAAUCUGCAAGAAACUGGUUUGGACGGAGACAAAAAAAAAUUUAAAGGACUGCUCCAGCUUUUAGAAAAGACAAAAUUAUGCAAGAAGCUGAAAUCUUUUUGGUACCUUUUCUUGACUAGAAGGACAGUCUCACUGAGAGUCUGGAAUGUGUACAACGGAAUGUGUGGGGGAUUUGCCUGUGUAAGUGGGUUAUUGAGAAGCUACUGAUGUGUGCCUGAACCGAAACACUGAACAGACCAGGAGAACCUUGCCAGCAGCUAGUUGAUACAUGCCAUUCCAGCUAAUUCUGGGCAAUUCAGAAGAUACAUGAACUAAACCUCACAGCAAAGGAGAAGUACAUGAUCUCCAUAGUGUCAGCUGCAACUCAGUAGGCAGAACUAUCACCUGAAUCAGAAGGUCAUGGGUUCAAGUCUGGAGGGCAUAUAAUGGAAACUGAUACAUCACUGUAAUACUGAGGGAACCCUGCACAACUGGAUGUGCUGUCUUUCGGAUGAGGCAUUAAAACAAGGCACCAUCUGUUUUUCCAGGUGGAAGUAAAACAUUCCCACGGCUACUAUUCGAAGGUCACACUAAGUGGAUGAAAAGAUAAACAACAACUAACUUUACCUUCAAAUGUCACUACAAACAAUGGAUAUCAAAGAAAGUUUGUUGCUCUGGGUCAUCAUGCCAGCACUUUUGAUGCCAUGCGUCAUGUCUACUUGUCCUGCUUUGUGUCGAUGUGACAAUGGUUUUGUCUACUGCAAUGACAGAGGUUUGACAUCCAUUCCUGCCAAAAUACCGGAAGAUUCUACAACUCUCUUCUUACAAAACAAUCAGAUUAACAAUGCUGGGAUCCCCAGUCAAUUGAAGUAUCUAUUGAAUAUAAAAGUGAUUUACCUUUACGAAAAUGCUUUGGAUGAGUUCCCUAUAAACCUUCCCCGAUCUUUGAAAGAGCUGCAUCUUCAGGACAAUAACAUUAGGGCCAUUACACAUGAUGCACUUUCAAGGAUUCCUUUGUUGGAGAAAUUACAUUUGGAUGAUAACUCUGUGUCAACAGUCAGCAUUGAGGAACAUGCUUUUGCUGACAGUAAGCACCUCAAACUGCUCUUUUUGUCCAGGAACCAUCUAAGCAGCAUUCCCACUGGCCUUCCCAAAACACUGGAGGAGCUGAGGCUGGAUGACAACCGGAUUGCAACCAUCCCACACUAUGCUUUCAAAGGCUUGGUCAGUUUAAGACGUUUAGUAUUGGAUGGUAAUCUUUUAGCUAAUCAAAGAAUUGCAGAUGAGACUUUCAGCAGACUUCAAAACCUGACUGAGCUUUCAUUGAUCAGAAAUUCUCUAAUUUUUCCACCACGAAAUCUGCCUGCUUCAAACUUACAAAAGCUCUACCUUCAGGAUAACCUCAUUAGUUACAUUCCAACCAACGCUUUUUCUAAAAUGAGACAGAUACAACGGCUAGACAUAUCCAACAACAACUUAACAACUUUGCCAAAAGGAGUCUUUGAUGACCUAGCAAACUUGAGUCAGCUACUCUUGCGCAACAAUCCCUGGUAUUGUGGCUGCAAAAUGAUGUGGCUCAGAGACUGGUUACAAACAACUGCAUUUCACAUCAAUGUGCGAGGGCUAAUGUGCCAAGGACCCGAUAAAGUUCGAGGAAUGGCAGUCAAAGAUAUCAAAUCAGAAAUGGAUGAGUGCUUUGAGAACAGCUUGCAUGGUAGCAACACAGCUCUGAAACCAACCCCAAUUGUUCAUACAGCUACUGUCACUCAACUACAAUUCACAUACAAACCAAGACGACCAAAUCUGAAGCCACCAGGUUCAGCUGUGGACCAUCCUUUGUCAAGAGGAUCAGGAACAAAACCAAUAAUUAUUAAUGUGAUGCCUUUAACUGCAGACAGCAUUCGCAUCACAUGGAGGGCAAUGCUACCAGUCACAUCCUUCAGACUCAGUUGGCUCAGACUCGACCAUAAUCCAUCAGUGGGUUCCAUCACUGAAACUUUGGUACAAGGAGACAAGACUGAAUAUCUUCUCACAGCCCUUGAACCCAAAUCAACCUACAUUAUAUGCAUGGUUACAAUGGAAGCUAACAACUUGUAUGUAAGGGAUGAAACACCAGUAUGUGCUAAAGCAGAGACUGCAGACUUAUAUAGUCCCACCACGACAUUAAACAGAGAACAAGAGGAAUCUGACCACGUAGGCCUUCCCUUAGCUGGUAUUAUUGGAGGUGCAACAGCCUUAGUGUUCAUUGUCGUUGUCCUUGCUGCAAUAUGCUGUUACAUUAACAACAACAGGAAUGUUUUUUCACACAACCAGGUGUACAAUAGAGGUUGCAGAAAAAAAGAUGAUUAUGCAGAAGCGGGGACGAAGAAGGAUAAUUCCAUUUUAGAAAUCAGAGGGAGUGGCUUUCAGAUGAUUCCACUCAAUAAUCAACAGCGACCAAAGGAGGAAUAUGUGAUUCACACCAUAUUUCCAUCCAAUGGGACAAGUCUUUACAAGAACACUCAUAGUACAGCCUUCAGCAGUAACCGAGGUUACAGAGACGGUGGGAUACCAGAUGCUGAAUAUUCUUACACGUGAUUGCAGUGUUGCCUCAUCGUGUGAUCAUCUCUGCUGCACUGCAAACGAAAGAUAUUAAAAAAAAUAAAAAAUGUUAGGGAUAAAACACACAAUGUUCAGCAGAAAAUGUCUGGCACAUAUUUUGUACAUUUGUCACAUAAUUUAUAUUUAAUAUGCUUAAAUGAUUUAAAAAAAGCUGGACACUUGGAAAGAAAACACAGCUACCUAAUUGUGUACAAGCCAGUUUUUCUUUUUUCAUUUUGAUUAUAUGUGGGAUAAAGAAUGAACAGCAUACUUUGGAAGUACAGUCCUAAGGCAACCUAAAGAUAAAAUCCUUUGCAUUAUCUCACAGGGAAACAUCUUAAAGAAGUAUUCCUAAGCAAUGAUGUUUACCCCCAACCUCCCCUCUUGUAGAUUUAUACUGUACAGUCAAAAGUCUCAGUGCGCGUGCACGCGCGCGCGCACACACACACACGUACGUAUGUGUUCUGUGUGUACAUAGUGCUGUUUUCUCGUACAAAAGUUAAGGCUUUACCCCUCUACUUCUAUCAGAACUAUUUGUUGAUGUUUGUUUAUUUUUUUAUUCUACAAUAUUUUCAAAAAGAGAGAAAAAUAGUUUUAAAUAUUUAGUUCUUUAAUGGUGUUGUUUUUGGACUUUAUCUUAAUUGGAAGAAGAGAUGGACUUUCAUAGUUAUUUUUUACGAUAACUUUAUGAGAACUUUUUUUUAAAAUAUUGAGCUAGACUUUUGUCUCUGGCUAAAAACAAAUUUCUUGUCCUUAAAUGUCAUGCCAAAAUGGAUGUCUUGUAGUUAUCUGACCAGUAAUGCUGUUAAUUUUAUCCUUAUUUUAACCCUUUGAGGAUUACAAAUUUUAUUUGAAAGACACUGUGAACCUCAGUUGUUCUUGGUUUUCAUAUUUUCCCAUUACUCAAAAUGUUAAAAAGAACUAUGAGCUGUUGCAUUUCAUCUAAAUAAGAUAUAGCUAAAAAUGUAGUGGUUAUGAAUGGAAUGCCCUGCUUUCAAUUUUAUAAUACAUUGUUCAAACAAAAUUGCAGAUUAUUUGUUCUGAAGAAACACAAUUUCAAAAGUGAUGAGGAAAAUCAAGUGCUCAAAGGUUAAUAAAAAAGAAGUUACAUUGAACACCGUGAAAAAGGCGCCCUUAGAACGGGAUAGAUGCGAAAGGCUUAUACGGUCAAUAGAAAAAAAUCUCUCAAGAUACUGGGUACGCAGUGUUCAGCUUUUGCCAACCUAAGAUCUGGAGACCUGUGAUCUUCAUUUUAAGGGCAGACUUUAUAUUUCUUUGCAGAGGAUGAGGGGUGACACUAGAGACCCUCUAAAUGAAGUUCUUCCCUACUGAGAUUUCCUUCAGAGACAUUUGCACAGUCUACAUUGACAGUUCCCUAUCUUGCCUUUCAAUGGGCUUUCACUUGAUUGUUGAAUAUUAUUGAUGGCCAUUUCUGAAUAUUUGAGUGAAAAAUCUCAAACCCUUCGCCAUUCUACCUGACACAUCCAUAAUCUGGGUUGGAGAAUAACCAAGAAAUCACUUGAAGCUCAGAUCAUGACUUUCCUGUAAAUAAUCUUUAAAAUUGUGUUUAUAAGGUUACAACUGAUCUUUUAAAUAAAUCAGUCUUAAGGUGUGAAAUGUUCUAACCCUUGUAUGGCCGCUAAAUAUUGGAAAUGAGAAAUAAUAUUUUCAUACUUAUGAUUGUAUUAUUGUAAUGAUCUAACCUUACACUAUCAUUUGCCAAUUUUCAUUUGUUUUAAAUAACUAUGAAGAGUACUGAUUUCUUUUGAUAUCAAAAAUUUGAGAAUAAUGGCAGCUUCCCUGUACUCCCUUUCCCCCCUCCCCACACCACCCCAUUACUUUUAAAUUCCUUUCAAAAUUAGAAUUAACAAGGCAUACUGUAAUGUAGCACCAGAUUGCCGAGAAUGCAUCAAGAUGCAAUAUCCAUUUAUUCUGUAUAAACUGAAUGUUGUGCACUUGACUAUUUGGACAAUGAUAUACAUGACAGGUUUGCACUCUUCAGUCUGAACCACUGUGUCUUGUCAUUUGGACUACAGGCGAAUUACAGGAACAUUACAGUGAUUUUAACAUAUACAGACCUGUUUUAUUUGAGCAUGCACAGAACAGGGAAAAGGAUAAUAAAGCCUUAAAUGAAAAUAUUUUUAAACUGCAUUUUGCAAAAAGACAGUUAAGAAAAUACUACAUAAUCUAUUUGUCUCAAUACCCAACAUGAAAUAAAAUCUUGAUUUUGAUUCUCAGCACCAUUAUUUGAGAAGGAUGUGAAUUUACAGCUUUAAACUGGUAGUGCAUCUCAUGUGAUAUAAUACAUUUUCAAAAAUGGUACAAACAAGGGCAAGAAACCAGAUUGUACCUACCACUUGUAUCCACCAAUCACCACCAUUCUGCUACCCCUCCCCCUUUAUCUGCAGCGGCCCCUACACCCACAUCCAGUCCUGAAGAAGGGUAACACCCAAAAUGUUGACUUCUCCUUUCCUCCAUAUGCUGCCUGGCCAGCCUCCUGUUUGUCUGCAAAUGUAUUUGAUUUGGUUGACUUGACAUUUACUCCUUUUAACUUCCUUCAAUGCAACGUGCCAUUUUGCACUCUAAAGUUCAGCAGGUAAUUUAUUCCUCAGCACGUCCUCUAACUAGGCAUAUGCUGCACAGUAUGAUUCCCGAUUCCAAUCUUCCUUUCCUAAUAGGGUAAUGCAUAUCAUCUACCUAGCACCCAACUGGGCAGCACAACCAAGACCAGGAACUGAAGCUAUGUUCAAACAUUCUCAGGCACAGUACAUUUGAGCUUUGACAUGUCAAUUCAAUAUCUGAGAUAACAAGGUGUAGAGCUGGAUGAACACAGCAGGCCAAGCAGCAUCAGAGGAGCAGGAAAGCUGACGUUUUGGGCCUAGACCCUUCUUCAGAAAAUUAAAUUCAAUAUCUACUGUUUUUCUUAUUAUUUCAUAGCAUGUGAGUAUCAUUUGUUCCUCAUCCAUAACUGCCCUUGAGAAGUAGCUAUACCCAACAAUGUGACAACUGCACCAUGUCCAAAACACAUUCCCUUCAAUUUUCUUAUACUAGUAGUAAAGCAUUAUAAUAUGAAGAAAUCACAAACAGUUACCUACCCAUUAUAUGUGAUGACAAUUCUGCCAUUUUCAAAAGUGCUUCCUUCUCUUCCACUGAUAAGGAAGUGACAGUUCAGCCUCAUCUGAUUACUUCCCUCCUUAAGGCCAUAUCUUAAUCUGAAACCAUCAACACUUUUUUUUGUUUCUUUAUUGAAGCAGUGAAGAUUAAGAGCAAUCUUAAUCUUUGAAAAGCAAUGAUGGACAAUGGACCUGUGCAUUUUGAAAUAAUGCAACUAUGCUGACCUCCAAACAGAAAUGUGUGCUUUUUUUCCGAAGAUAUAGUAAAUCCCGUCUCCUCAGCUUAAAAGUACAGUUGAUGACAGCACGAAGUAUCAGGAAUCACAUUCCCUUCUAGGUCAGUUAUACUACCAUCUAGUAGGUCACCUACUAAUAAUAAUGUUGUCUUGGAUUCAAUUGCUUGGAAAUGAAUAACACUAACUUCACAUGAACUCAAACCUGAAGUGACAUAAACCAAAUAAAUAAUUCACACACAAAAAUGACAAGUUUUAUAUACAGCAUUAAAAAUCACAUGGUGCUCACCAAAAUUAAUUUUUCUCCAAUGUGAAAAGUAUUCUUUGCUCUAACAUUUCCUUAAUUGCAGUGAAAAUAGUUAAUUCUCUUGUCAAUCCCAAACUAAGCAAUUACCUUCAGAAUCUUAAAGCUACCAUUUAAAUUAAGUCAAAAACCUGAAUAUGGUCCACUCUGUCAUGUGAAAAAUGCAUUUGGCCCCCUGCUCAUCAAAUAAAAUAUACUCUCAGUUAGUGGCAUAUGCUAUGCAGAUUGAUAUACCUCUGAUAUAAAAACUGUGAAUGAUGGAGAAACUCAGCAGCUCUGGUAACAUCUAUGGAGAGAGGAAUAGAGUUAAUGUUUUGAGUCCAAUGUAGCUGGCAGCACAAUUAAAUGAGAAUUUAAAGAAGCCAUGGCCACUGCCUGAGAAGUACAGAUAAUUGUAGAAACAAUAAAGGCCCAGAUUUUGCCUUCCAUGGCAAAGCAACAGAACUUAAUCCUUACCUAACAAUCUUUGUAGUCUUGAUUUCCCCCUUCCACAGCACUACUUUGAUUCCAGCAUCAAUUGAAGGGGAUUUUCAACUCUUAGCAAAAUAAAUAGCCAGCAGAUAAAUCAACCAAUCACAUUUCAGAAUUCUCACAGACAGUAAAUCAGAAAGAUUAAAAGAAAUCCUGAUCAUUCCUCAUUUUAAAAUCAUUUUACAGAAUACAAAAUAAAAUUGAGGUGUACAUGUGGGAUUAACAUAGCAACUGAAAUAUCAAACAAACUUAAGAAAAUUUAAUUUUUAUUAUUCUAAAAACCUGUAGGAAUUGUUACUUUGAAUGAAUCUCACUAUCCACAAAUUUAAAAUGAGUUUAUUAGAGCCAGAUAGUUUGUUCAGAUGUAAAUACGAACUUAAUACGUUGUUAAAAAUGAAGUUGCAACACAUUCAGCAAAGCAUAACAUUUUCAGGCCUUUUUAAAAUGUGUCUAACAACACAGUAGCUCACAUCAACAAAAGUGGAAGCUCACAUCAGACCAAGUGCUUCAGAGGAUUUCCAUUUGUGCGAAUCUUCAAUGUUGGAAAUUUUCAAUUUCCACGCCCUGGUGCAGCAGGAAAUCACUGACCGCAACUUCUGCAUUUUCGUGUUCAACAACGUGGAUGCCAGAAGUUGCUAUCAGUUUCAAAGCGAUACUGACAGUGAAUGCUGAUGGUUUUGUGAUUCUUACAUCAACAAAAUCUGGGCCAUACCACUGCAGAGUGCUAUUUACAACUCUUUGGUGUCCUUAGCCAUCUUGGCAGAGAAUUGACCAGGAUUUUUGUUUUCUAAAACUAGAUAAAACAUGCUGUAUGCUAAAUAGCACAGAUGCCCAAAAGUCAGAAAACACAGGAUCCAUCUCCAUUAUUGUAAAUGGUCUGUUCAAAUUUGGGAAUGGAGUCUGACAGACAAAGUGAAUACAUGGAAAAUUAACUUCACAGAACAUGACAGCAAACACUAAGUAUGCAGAAAUUUCUAUAUACAGCACUCACUUCCUAUGAAAAGCCAGCUUUCAGGGGUGAAUUAUUAGUGUCAGCUCUAACAUCUGUUGCAUAACGUGAAUAAUUAUGUUCUACACACACAAUGAAUCAAGGGGAGCGGGUUAAUUAGUUAAGUUGCAAUAACCAUUAUAAAAAAAUGAUAGUCAUACUUUUUCCUUUAAUUUUCUACAUGUUGUUUUGUUUAGGAUUGGCUUGCUGUGUUUUUAAUCAUGAGAUUUACUCCACAGAAACAAGAUUUUCAGAAAAAAAACCAAAGUGCAUUGUGAAGCCCUUUGGCCUCUUUGUGUAGGUGCCUUGAAAUUUCAAUGUUAAGUGUCUAUUCAGACUAAAAGGCUGAUUUUUUUCUUGUACAUUAAAUGUGAAAAUUCCUUGUUCUCUUCAAAAUAAAAUUUAAGAAUUAAAGACUCAA